AUGUCGCUCUUCCCUCGCGGCUUCUACGACUCGGACCCCAGCUUCACGCCGCUCUUCCGCCUCCUGGACGAGUUCGACAACUACACGCGUGAAGCUCGCGGCAACGGCGAGCGCCCCCGUAACCGCGGUCGCCACAGCCACGUCAGCACCUUCAACCCCAAAUUCGACGUGCGUGAGACCGACAACGCCUAUGAGCUGCACGGCGAGCUCCCCGGCAUCGACCGCGACAAGAUCAACAUCGAGUUCACCGACGACCAGACGCUCGUGAUCCGCGGCCGCAGCGAGCGCACCUACACCGCCGGCAAUCCGUCCGCCGGCCUGGUCGAGGGCGGCAAGCAGUCCACCAUCACCGAGAAAGGAGAGGAGCACGCUGCGGCCGCCAAGGAGGCCAACGCCAACGGUAACGGUGGCGAGGAACAGGGCCAUGAGAAGGCCAACAACAACAACAAGGCCUUCGAGAAGUGGUGGGUACAGGAGCGCUCCGUCGGCGAGUUUGCCCGCACCUUCAGCUUCCCCAGCCGCAUCGACCAGGACGCUGUCUCGGCUAGCCUCAACAACGGUGUCCUGAGCCUGGUGGUGCCCAAGGCCAGGAAGCAGGAGACCCGUCGCAUCGCCAUCAACUAA